CAUCAGGACGUGCCCAUCCUCCCCAAGGGUUUAAAUGUUGGUGCCCCCCAGCUCCCCACGCUCACACCUCUCGGGGACACGGCAGCAUGAAGUCGGUGGCCGCCCUCCUGCUGGUGGGGAUGCUCAUCCUCUGGACAGAGCUGCCGACAGGUAGUGCCUGGUCCUGCCCACCCGUCCGCAUCGUCUGUGCCAUGCACAACCCUCCCAACCAGUGCUACACCGACCGGCAGUGCCCACGGUACCACAAGUGCUGCCCGUCCUUCUGCGGGAGGAAAUGUCUCUCACGGCGGUCUACCCUCCCCAUCUCCUACGCAUGAGCUCCUGCUCCCAGGACAGACCCAGGGUCUUCUCAGCAUCCCCGUGCCACCUUGGCACCAGCCAGCUGCCCACGCCUCUGCUAAGGCUUGUCCUGCCCGAUGCCAGCUCCUGGGAGGAUGGGACAGCCACCAGCCCACGCUCAGAGACCACCUCGGCUCCGGGACCACCCCGCUGACAGCUGCCUCACGGGGUUACCUGCCGCCUGCUCGUCCUCUCCCUCUGCUUCCCCACUGCUCCUUUAGCAAAUAAAAGAACUUGUCCCAGGG